UGUCUAGAACUGUUGAUGACAUAAGAAAAACAGUAUUUAGACAAAAAGAGCUUAUUUUAAAGGGAUUUGACAUGCUUAAAAAGGGAGGAGUAAUGGUUUAUUCUACUUGUUCAGUAUUAACAAAAGAAAAUGAAGAAGUAGUAACUUAUUUACUAACCAAAAGACCUAAUGCUAAAGUAGUAGGAUGCGAUGUAGACGUAGGACGGCCAGGAUUUCCUACUUUUAGAGGUACAGCUUAUCAUCCAUCAAUGAGUUUAACAAGAAGAAUAUACCCUCAUGUACACAACAUGGAUGGAUUUUUUUAUGCUAAAAUACAAAAAAAAUAA